AUUUUCUUCCAAACUUCUUCACCAGUUCAACAACUGCUGGCAUGGACGCCAUUGGUACUUGCCUGCAAGGCCAGAACACUGUGCUUGGUGCUCUGCCAUCGGCGUUCGCAAAUGUGAAUGCGGUGUUCCUGAAUCAUAACCUAGCAGUGAUCCCUGGCGAUUGGCAAUCUGGCCCGAUCCAAAGCGCAUUCUAUGAUAUCCAGCCUGAGGAGCCAUGCAUGGCAUCCGUACUCGAACAAAUCAAAGCCGCAGACUUCAUCGCCUACGAUCACGACUUCUUCGAUGUGAUCGGGUCAAAAGCGAAAAUCGAGAAGAUCCAGACAUUUCCACCUGAUUUGAAGCACGUCCACGAAGCGCCGGUCUACCUGCCAGAGUCCAAUGAGCUGCUAUACAGCGAUACAUCACUCACAGGUCUUCUCUUCGCGAUCAACAUCGACACGCAUGCAGUUCGACAGAUCAACCUGGAGCCGGCGCUGCAGAACGUGAAUGGAGGUACGCGACACAAAGGCCGGGUCUACGUAACAACGAACGGCGGCAGUGUACGCGGAAUCUUCGAAGUAAACGUCACGACAGGACGAGCGGAAGCCAUUGUCAAUCAUUACCGAGGUCGCCAUUUGAACAGUCCAAACGAUCUCAUUUUCGACUCCAAAGGAAACAUGUACUUCACGGAUCCGGAUUACGGCGUUGACAGCAAAUGGCCAGGUGUGCAGCCCUCUGAGCUGCCAAACUCAGUAUACCGCGUGGAUGCAAAGACGAGAUCUGUGCAAUCACUUACGGUCGGCGUCGUCACCAAACCAAACGGUCUGGCACUUUCGGCGGACGAAAGCAUACUCUACAUCGCAGACUCCAACACGACAAGCGAGGUGCUCAAGAGCGAGCGAGGAGUGUGGGCAUUCGACAACCGACACAAAGGGCUUUUGGAGAAUCCUAGACUGGUGUAUCUCGUCGAAGGAGGAUGGCCAGACGGACUUCGCAUUUCGAAGAAUGGUUUGCUCUUUUCAGCUGUGUACGGAGGCGUGGAUGUCGUCGAUCCCAAGACUGGCUUCUUGCUUGGCAAAGUCAAUACGCCUGAUGACAUUGUUUUCAAUUUGGAACCAGCGCGUGGCAAGGGUCAAUGGUUGUUGACUGGACAGAAUCAUAUUUAUAAGGUGACUAUCAAGGAGCAGCCUUUGAAGGAAAGAUAG